AUGUUUCUGGCCAGGCGAUCAGUGGCUCCCGCAAGGCAGCAGCUGCUGCGGCGCCAGCAGCCUCGCCGUUUCGACUCGCACGCUGCUCACCACGCUGCGCCCGCGAACGAGUCCUUCGGACCUAGCUUCUACGUUGCCGUCACGACGUUCGCGACCGGCUACGUCCUGUACCGCAUCCACAAGGCCUCGCAGGAGUCCGGCUCCGAGACCUGGCUCUCCAGCCUCAUCCGCAAGUGGACGCCGUUGGAGAAGGUCUUCGAGGAGCGCAAUGCCAUCCGAACGGCGGCCAUGGAGAAGGCCGCUGUCGACCGCCACCUGUUCGCCAGUGCUCCGGGCAAGGAGUACAUUGACCUGAAGAUGCCCGAGCUGUUCAAUGCCGGCUCCCCCUACAACGUGCCCCCGGGCUCCCAGGCGGAUCUGUCCGCGGUUGCGGCCUACUAUCAUCAGAAGAACAAGGAGAUUGAGGAGCAACGGGUGGCUCGGAUGAAGGAUGGAAAGGUGGUUUCGAUCUAUGACUAG